CUAAAUUAUAUUUAAUAGUAUAAUUUUUGUUCACUAAUAACCAAACAUUUGUUUUUUUUAGUCAAUUUCGGCCUUUCUGAUGAUCCAAUACUUUGUUGAGUGUACUCAAUAUCGCCCAUUUGCUUGACGUCACGGAAGAAAAUCUGUCGUUUCUCUAUCUGAAUACCACAUGUCCAAGGUUUCAUCACUUGUGGAAAUUUGAGAGUGACGAGUAUAUUCUUCACUUCAACGUACAUCAAUAGGACAUCAGGAUUGACGAGGAGUUCUCAUCAUCUAUUUCAUGAAGGUGACAUUGUUUGAAUAUAUGGUGCAUCGCAGAUUAUUUUUUCAAUUCAUCACCGUUCAACUAUACUGCAGUGGAAACCGUAUGAACGAUUUUUGGGAUGUUUACAAACGUAAUUUCUCAUCACAUUCGUUCCUUUCGAAAAAGAAUUUCGAGUAUUCGAUAUCAGUUUAUUUAAAAAUCGCGUUCGUGAUCUCGGGAGUGCUCGAAUUUUAUUUUAAAAUCGCGUUCCGUAAAAAUGUAUAUUUAUACUCGCUCGUUACUGUAUUUUAUGUAGUGUUUAUAAUAAUUGUUUUCUCGGGAGUGCUAUUCAAAAUUGAUAAAAUCGCGAUUUAGUGCAAUUUAGUAUGUGAGUGUGUAUUGGAUUAUUUACUCCAGGAUGGAUAUAUUGGCCAUUGUCGAGAGGAGUUCAUAUAACUGCGGAAGGAAGGAAGGAUAAGAAGCAGUGUUCCUGAGUAGAAGGUGCUAACCAUCGAUCUGAUGUGGCAUGCGAUUCAAGUAGCCCAGCCCUGGUAGUGCUCGACCUAACCUCAAAAUGUCAAAAUUGCGGUCAUGAAAGUUCGACGAGUUCUGUUUUACAAUGUUGAAUGUGUCUGGAAAUUUAAUGAAAAUAAGCACAAAACGUUGGAAUUUGUUUAAUAAAGAAUGUCAAAUACAAAGUGUAAAAGAGAAAAUUAUGAUACUGACAGCAGCCUGUCUACAAUGUCAAUGUUAUCACACAACUUCAAUUUAUCUAAAACAACCAAAAGCUUCGGAAGUAAAGAAAUCCAAGCGGGAAAAUAUUCGUAUAAUUAUGGAAAAGAAGAAAUCAUUACCAAAAGUUGAAGUAUGGAAGGGCAUUACAAUAAAUGAAUUAGCAACAAAUUGUAAGAGAACUGUACAGCAAGUUACACAAGCUUUAGCAAUAAUUGGAGUAAAAGGAGACUUUCAGCCAGAAACACCAAUUGCUGAUUUAAGCAUAAUCAAGGAAACAGUUAACAAAAUGGGUCUCAAAUUGGAAAUUAAAUCAAAUCAAAAGGAAGAGUCGAAAAUUGAAAAAGAGAAGGAGUUAACUAAACGGCCUCCUAUCGAUCCUUCGGUAUUGAUCGCUCGACAUCCGGUAGUAACCAUAAUGGGUCAUGUGGAUCACGGAAAAACUACUUUAUUAGAUUCUUUAAGAAACACAUCAGUCGUGGAUACUGAAUUCGGAGGCAUAACUCAACACAUUGGUGCCUUUAAUGUUACCUUAAAUAGUGGUGAAAAAAUCACCUUUCUGGAUACACCGGGACAUGCGGCAUUUAAAACAAUGCGAGCAAGAGGAGCAAACAUAACGGACAUUGUUGUUCUCGUCGUUGCUGCCGAUGAUGGGGUAAUGGAACAGACACUCCAGAGUAUAUCAAUGAUUAGGAACGCGGAUGUUCCGCUAAUCGUCGCUAUCAAUAAAAUUGAUAAACCAAGUGCUGACAUAGAAGGAACAAAACGUAUGUUGGCACAGCAUGGAAUUAUAGUCGAAGAUCUAGGGGGCGAUGUACAAAGUGUAAAUAUAUCAGCUUUGAAGAAAACAAAUCUAGACGCUUUAAAAGAUGCAAUUAUUACUCAAGCGGAGAUAAUGAAUCUUAAGGGUGAUCCAAAGGGUCCAGUGGAAGGUGUUACAAUUGAGUCGACAACUCAUCCUGGAAGGGGGAAGGUAGCCACUUGUCUAAUUCAGCGAGGAACUCUAAAGAGAGGAACAAUUAUUGUCUGUGGAUUAGUGAUGGCAAAAGUGAGAGCAAUGUACGAUCACGCGGGUAAUCAGUUAAAAGAAGCUAAAUUAUCCGACGCAAUUCAAAUAAUGGGUUGGAAAGAUUUACCAGAGGCUGGAGAAGAAAUGUUUCAGGUCGAAAGUGAAAGCAAAGCGCAAGAGAUUAUUCGUCUUAGAGAAUCAAUGAAAAUGGAAAAUUUGGCUAUUGAACAUCGAGUGGAAUCUGACAAAAGACUUCAGGAACAUCUCGUUGUUUAUAAAGAGCAAUUGAAGAAAAAAAGAGAAUCCGGAAGCCACUACAAACAAACUAUGCGAGGGGUGGAAAUAAAGAAAGAAGAAAAAGACGAUCACCCUAAAUUAAAUAUUUUAAUUAAGGGCGAUGUCGCCGGCUCUGUGGAAGCUAUUUUGGAUGUUCUUGUAACUUAUAGGAAUCACGAUUCAUGUUCAUUGUCAAUUAUCGAGCACGAAGUUGGUCCCAUCUCUGAAUCAGAUAUUGAUUUAGCAAAAACUUUCAAGGCAAUUAUCUACUGUUUCAAUACGGACAUUCCGAAAAAUUUGGCAGAACGAUUGAAUAAGGAGAAAGUUGAUGUUCGAAAACAUAAUGUAAUUUACAAACUUGUUGACGAUCUAAAGGGUGAAAUUAGCAAUAGACUUCCGCUGCUCGACGUUGAAGAGUCCCUUGGUGAGGCGACCGUUUUAAAAGAAUUCGAAAUCAAUGAAAGAAGGAAAACGGUCAAAGUUGCCGGCAGUCGAUGUACGCAAGGAGUAUUGAAAAAAUCCGGUUUGUACAAAAUAGUUCGAGACGAUGAAGUAAUAAGUAGAUGUAAAAUAGUUUCCAUGAGACAUUUGAAAUCAGAGGUGGAUUCAAUAAAAAAGGACAUGGAAUGUGGUCUUCGUUUCGAUGACACGACAGUUGCCUUUCAACCUGGUGAUUUAAUAGUUUCCUAUAAAAUACGACAAGAACGACAAUACACCAAUUGGAAUCCAGGAUUCUAAAUGUCAUCGAGACUUUGAACUUCUCAAAUUAGAAAAAAAGCCUAUGACUUUUUUUGGUCACUAGAAAAAUAUUGUCUCGUAUAAAAGAACAAAAAAAAAAGAAAGAAAGAAUUUUUUUCUUCGAAUAAAUUUCAGCGAAA